GUUUCCGUUAAAUGGUUUCCCCAGUGCGCCGUUAUAUGCCGACUUGUCUUUCCAGAGUUGUUUGUGUUGGUUUUUCUUUGGGAGGACGUGUGCCAUGGACGGACCGUGCAGCCACCGCGGAUCGAGCGAGGAGAUGAGCGGUUAUCUCUCGGCUUUCAAGUCGUUUGCGACAGAAGCGAUUCACGUCGGCCAGGAGCCGGAGCAGUGGAAGUCGAUGGCGGUGGUGCCGCCAAUUUCUCUGUCGACUACCUUCAAGCAGUUCGCACCCGGACAACACGCUGGCUUUGAAUACAGUCGGAGUGGCAACCCUACAAGAAACUGUCUUGAGAAAGCUGUGGCAGCCUUGGAUGGUGCAAAAUAUUGCCUCGCUCUUGCAUCAGGGCUGGCAGCAACAGUAACAAUUACUCACCUGCUCAAAGCAGGUGACGGAAUCAUCUGCAUGGAUGACGUGUAUGGAGGCACAAACCGUUACUUCCAACGGGUUGCCUCCAAACUUGGUCUAAGCGUGACUUUAGUGGACUGUGUACAACCAGAGAAACUCAUGAAGGCCCUGAAGCCUGAAACUAAACUUGUGUGGCUUGAAACACCCACCAACCCCAUGCUGAAAAUUGUUGACAUCAAGACCUGUUCUGAGAUAGUCCACGGCUAUAAUAAAGAUAUUGUGGUUGUUGUGGACAACACCUUCAUGUCUGCAUAUUUCCAGCGGCCCUUGGCUUUGGGAGCUGACAUCUGCAUGUAUUCAGCCACAAAGUACAUGAACGGUCAUAGUGAUGUGAUAAUGGGUUUGGUCUCAAUGAACAAUGAGGAUCUCUAUGCACAACUGAAAUUUCUACAGAAUGCGCUGGGUGGAGUGCCGUCCCCAUUUGACUGCUACUUGUGUAACCGUGGUUUGAAAACGCUACAUCUGAGGAUGGAACAGCACUUCAAGAAUGCCCUGGCUGCAGCAAAGCUCCUGGAGGGUGACCCCAGAGUGGAGCGUGUCAUUUUCCCAGGAUUGCCCUCUCACCCCCAGCAUGACCUGAUGAAGACACAAUGCACUGGAUGCCCGGGGAUGAUAACCUUCUACAUUAAGGGCGAACUACAACAUGCCAGCACCUUCCUCAAAAGCCUCAAAAUCUUUGCCAUAGCUGAGAGUCUUGGUGGUUAUGAAAGUUUAGCGGAACAUCCGGCAAUUAUGACGCAUGCAUCAGUGCCAGAGGAGGAGAGGAUCACCUUGGGGAUCAGUGACACACUGAUUCGACUUUCUGUGGGACUGGAGGAUGAGGCGGACAUCAUUGAAGACCUGCAACAAGCACUGAGUGCUGCUCAUCCAAAGAAGAAGUGAAGAGUCUUCAGUCCGUCUCAGAGGUUGCUGUGGAAUUGGUCACCGUUGUGACAGAGGAGGGUACCUGCAGCUUUGACUGAUGGCACAUCAACGUGCGGCGCCUCAGUUCAGAACACAAAUGGUGUUUAUUCAGCCAUCAGGGAACAACUUGCUCUAUAAUCCAGAUAGCUGUGAAUACGUAACAGGUUUUUAUUUCAUUGGAUUACUUUUGACGUUUACCAAAACAUCAGUUAUUUAAUUUAUGCUUUUGCUUUUUCUUAAUGUUUGUAUGUGCAUUUUUAAAUUCAGAUUUUACGAGGGCCAAAGUGGUGUUGGGUUCUGUUCUUCUAGAACAGGGGUCACCAUCCCUGCUCCUGUAGGUCACCUGUCCUCUGUGCUUUUCCCCAACUCUCCCUUCUCCACCCACUGCUAAUUGGGCACUGCAGUCUUGUUUGGUGGCGGGCACUAAACGGUUAAAAUAUGACGCAAUAAUCCUACAUUUGGGCAAAUCACACGGCAAACAAAGUGAAAAUGCGGUGGAAAGCAGAUGUGUUGUGGUUUGCCUUGUCCUCCCGUCUUCACUGGAAACCAAAAAAAGCAGUACUCUUUGUGACCGCUUCUGUGAUUGCAGCCAAAAA